AGUGAUUAAGUUUGUGUAGCCCUAGUUCAACAGCUGUGCAAGCAAAAACAAACUUGACUUUCAUUUAAGUUUAUUUCUUUUUUGCCAUUAUAAGUAAACACAAUAUGCUCGAGAACUGCCAAAAACAUCACAUGGUGUUGGGCCUUACCGCCCUUACCCUAGUCACCAUUCUAGUGCUAAUAAUUGAAUCCCGCUAUGCAGCAGAGGGCAGCUUUGCUCGGCGUCGUGGUGAACGAUUUGUCAUCGAGAACAAUUCAACCUGCUGGAAACACGAGACCUACACCGUUGUUCAGGAGUGUCAUCCUUGCUCCGAGUUCGAUAUUGUGAGUCGCAGUCUCGGCGUCUGCAUUCACACUCAUUACAAGGAGGUGUUGCGCUGCAAAAGCGGCGAAAUUGUGACCAAGAGCUGUGAUCGAGUGGCUCUCAUCGAGCAGCGCAAUUUCAUAAAGUUCGAAGCUAUUGCAUUUGUGAUCGCUGUGCUCAGUUAUUUGGUGAGCUAUGCAAGGGAUCGUGUGCUCUCCAGGCGCAACUAUAUGCGUAUCGAAAGGCAGUUGAAUCGGGAGCAGUAGCUCAGCAAAGAGCCACGUUAUCGGAUACUCAUCAUUGUAUAUAGUACAUAUACGAACUAACUAAUAUUGUAAACGAUUUGCAUAAUUUAUUUAGUUGUAAGUACAUUAAAUUCACACACACUUAACUAAUACUCCAAGGGGAAUGAAAAUAUUGCGAUUGUUGGGAAUGCAGCUGUCCAUGGUUGGGGACAAGCCGAGCCGCGUUUCUUUCGGCGGCUCUGGUCAACACAAUUGGUGCAUAAUAUAAUUGUUUGCUUAAUAUAAA